AUGAACCGAACGAGGAACGGGCAUCGAUUCGAAGGAACCAAUGUUGCUAGUGGCCCCAUGCGAGGUUCGAGCAAGAUUGAUCCCGGACUCGUGCGACCAAAGUCUGAUCCAAAGGUGUCGAAUGACGAAAGAGGAGGGCUUGCUGAUCCUUGCUACGUCGUUUGCUUGAAUGCGGCUAUUAUUGCUGCACAGCAAAAACGACAGCCAAAGGUCCCCCUCCUCUGCCGUCCACCAAUGGCCAUCCGUUCCUACCAGGAGCAACAGAGCAUUGCAGCAUCAACAAGCGCUCUAGACGCCCAUCAACGUGGAGCACGUCUCUCUCCACUCUAUGCAGAUGGCCGAUGA